CGGAUACAUGACCUGACACUUUUUCUGUUUCUGACAUUCUUCAACAUCUUCGGUUUAUUGUUACAAAUACAUAUUUGUAUACAGCGGAUGGCCUUGUUCGUCAUCAAGAUGUCGGUAUCCCUAUGGGUACAAACGCUGGUCCUGAGAUUGCCAAUCUUACACUCUAUUGGGAUGAGGCGCAGUACGUGGACAACCUGCAGCGUGUGGAUCCCUCUGCUGCUAGCCGAUAUGCUUUUACAUAUCGGUUCAUUGAUGAUGUUCUUACCUUUGAUUGUCUGCCACCAUCAUCAGCCCAUUAUGGUCUUGAAUGGAAGGAGACCACUGCGGCAGAUGGCUCGUGCACCUUCUUAGGUGCGAAACUGCAGACACGAGCAGACGGAUCUCUCAGAUUGAGUGUGUUUGAUAAGACCGUUGCAUGGGAUUUUCCUGUUAUACGAUAUCCUAGUGCAACGUCGAACAUUCCAUCUCAUCAGCCUGCAGGUGURUUCACUGGCCAGCUUACGCGUUUUGAGCAGAUCUGUGACAAUUGGCGUGAUUUCAAAACGGCAGCAACCAUGCUUGUCCGCCGUUUGCUCUCGCGUGGUCAUGCUCCGUCAACACUGGCCCGCAUCGAUGGGCUUGAAAAGGAGGAAGAGCGCGGGGGAAACACUGUUGGUCUCAUGUUUGGGGGGCAAUCAAGCUGUCAUACAGUUAAGCCAACAUUCUUAACCGGCAUCGACGGGCUUGAAGAGGAGGAAGAGCGUGGCGGAAACACUGUUGGUCUCAUGUUUGGGGGGCAAUCAAGCUGUCAAACAGUUAAGCCAACAUUCUUAACAGGCAUCGACGGGCUUGAAGAGGAGGAAGAGCGCGGCAGAAACACUGUUGGUCUCGACUUCCUUAGCGCUUUCCACGGAAGUGUGUUCGAGAAGUAUCAUGUGCUUCCUCUUCAACUGGCGACAAUGAGCGCAUCUUCGGUCAUCGGAGAGUCUCCCGUGAAAUUACAAAUGUGUCAUAGGGGUGAGGAUCUCCCUUUGGCUUUGGGAUUCGCCUUGAUAGAGUUUGCGAUCUCACAUUGUCCGAGGCUGUUUGUGCGAAUGUUCAGUCGCUCAGGGAUGGAUGUCACCCAUGAGUGUGACGAGACCGUUGCCCAGAAACUGUUUGAAUUGUGCAAAGCAGUUGCCGAUAUCAACUGCUUCCAUUCGUUCCUUGCGCUUGCUCAGCUCAUAGAUUUCGAUCUUGUGGGAAUCGACGACAAACACUUGCCGCUGCGAAUGCUGCUGACCUCCCUUCCUGGCGAUGGCUGGUUUGCAGAGGUCCGAGAUCGCGAGAGCGGCAGCCUGUUUGCCACUGCAACGAGGGGUAACAAAAAAGGGCAGACACUGCUGGAGAUUGUGGGUUUGAGCAUUGUUGAAGAACGGUACAAGCCCCAUGGCGAUGUGCCGACAAUGCUCGGCAGAGUCACGGCGUGCAAACAUGAGAGAAUAGAUCGCCAGUCCGUUGACGAGAAUGCGGAUGUGAUUUUGUACAUUGAGGACUGUUGUUCCGAAGGCCUUGUGUCCUCAACGAUAGGAUCUGAAGAGAUGAGAUCCUUGUAUCAUCUCCGAGAAGCUUCUUUUAUCAAACGUGUAGGGCAUUCUAUUUUCUAUUCUGGUAAUUCUGAGUUUGAGCGGUUACUGCCCGUUGCUGCUUCCCUGGGUUAUCUUCAUCUCAGCUUGUACUGUCAAUACGUGUUCUCUGGAUUUGACCCCAUUGACUCCAUUGCGCUUCAGGCUUCACACAUCAACGCUGGGAGAGGCGUGGCAGAGAGAUCUCCAACAAGUUGAAAUGAAUCGCAAAAUGUUUG